CCUAGUUUCAUAAAGUGGAUGAUUAAGACAUAAAGUGUAUUUGGCUAUGUUUUCACUGUUUUUUAUUUCAAUGUACUCCUUUGUUAAAAUGGGUUGUAUAGUUUCCUUCUAAGUUAAUACAUUUUAAUCUUAAACCACUAAUUCUUAGAAAGACUUAGUCAUAUGAAACAUCUCGUCCAUGUGCAAAAAGGUGAUAAACUUGCUGAGAGUAGCAAUGUACUCAGAAAUAUCAGCAUAUAUUCUUGUGUUUCAUGCUAUUUCUUAAACGAUGUAUGUUGUAGAGAAAACUGACCUGUGCCAAUAAGGCUAGUACAAGGAUGAGGCAUAAAGGAGAAAAAUUAUUUUCUGUAUUGGAAAUUAAUAAUGACUUCGCUCUUCAUCCAACUCUUCCUCCCAAUUAUUGAAUAAUUUUGGACCUUUUUGCAGUGUUAUUAAACAAAACCAUAAAUUAGUAUUGAAGAAAUGAAGAUGGCAGGUAACUGUGAUCCCAACAGAAGAAUUUGAGUGGUGCAGAGAUCACAAAGAACAUCUCUUUACCCCUCUUCACAGUUACCCUGGUGCUAUUGUUCGAAGGGAAGAUUUCUGUUGUUUUUGCUGUGAUCUUAAAUAUGUGGACCUCUUGGUUUAACUACUGGGGUUUUUAGUACAUCUCAAACCUGUAACUGGGUAUGAUAUUUACCUGAGAAGCAUACCAAUUAUUGCAGGUUACAGUUAAUUUUUAAUUCACUGAGCCAGGAUUGUGUUUCAGCAGGUUAUUUCUUGUAUAGAUUUUACUAAUCUGCUAAUAAACCUUUUUGUAGUGUAAUACUUCCUCUGCCUGUUUCUGGACAAUCACAUUUGUAACAGUAUGCUAGACAGUUAUUUCUGUUAAAGUGUACUUUGUAUCUAGAAUAUUGUAUACCUGUAAAUGCCAAAUAUGAGAGUAAUCUUUGGAAAAGCUGUUCAGUUAAAUAUACCUUUUUUCAGCAGGUUGUGCAAAUAUGUGGGUUUAAUGUAAAGAAAGCUAAACUACAGAUUUGUCAUAGAGGUGGGCAGAGCAAAAUAAAACUUCCUCUGUGAGGAUUUAAGGCUGCUUAUGAAUCAUCAUGGACUUGUGAUAGAAUGAAAAUGUCAUUUUUUCUAGACACAGGGUUCUUGGAAUAACAAGCUAAAUAUAAAAUGUGUGUGGUUUUUUUUUAGUUUUAAAACAAUUCCUUUACAUAAUAGGUAUGAACAGAGUAGCACUGUUAAAUAUCUAAUUUAACAGGGAAAAAGAUAGAUCUCUGCAGGAAUAUUUCACCCUCAUUUUGUGCUGGUGGAGUAGGCUUUACUUUACUGGUCCUUAUUACUCACUUUACUAGUGCAUUGCUGUUGUCUGUGUUCAAACAUAAGACAGUUGUGGAAGUGCACAAGUAUGGCUAGGACAUGAUUAAGGUGUUCAUGAAGACUUUGGAGUCUGUGUCAGAUAAGAUGCUACACCAGGGAAAGUGAAGGUCUGGAACUGUCUUGCAGGAGAAGGUGGUGGAGAAGGAGGUAACAAGAUAUUUGGGGUAGGUGAGUCCUGUACUGUGAAAGAUGGCCAAUAGUUUUAAAUUUGAAGUAUGAGCCUGUUGUUGUCUUGUUUCUGCUGUUUUGAAGACCUGAACUUCCACAGUUUCCCCAAAUUUUUAUGAAGCACAUAGACAACACAAAUGUAAACGAAGGAUUUUUUAAGAACAUGUUUUGUGUUACAUGAACAGUGUUUGUGGUGACAAUAACUGAUACCUGGGGUAAAAAGGGUGUGUUUUUUCUCCCAGAUUUGUGGAAAAUAGCGAAGAUAUCUCUAUAAAUUUGGUUUUCUUUGGUGAUGGUUUUUGAUUGUGGUUGGUCGUUUAUUUUUGUUUGUGUUUUUUGUUGCUGUUUGGUGUUGUUUGUUUGUUUUUAAGAAAAGCAAAAAGCAGCCAAAACAACACUUACAGUGAGUUAAUUCACCACUGUCUUCCUAAUUCAGAGGCUUUUCCAGUAUAUUACUCUUGUUUUUUCAGAUUAAAAAGUAACAAACCAGUUAAACUGGUAUAUAAUAAUAUCAAUAACAAACCAGUUACACUGGUAUAUAAUAAUAUCUCAAAUUGCAAGUUAGGUUUGUUGGGGUUUUUUGUUUUAUUAAAAAAAAAAAACCAACCCUCUUGGAACUUAAAGAUCUUAAAGCUUUUAUGCUGCCCUUAAGAGGAGGAAUAGUGUGGAUAAUGGUACAGUAGCAGGAACCUGAGGCUUUUUUACCUUUGUGCUGGAUGAGGAGGAUGUUCAGUGUGUCAGUCAUUUGCAGUUUUCUGUUCUGCAUUGUGAAGCAUGCCGGUGACCUCUUGUUAGGGUGGUACUCCCUUGCCAUGUUCGGAACAGACCUCUGGGUUCUUGAACAGUGGUUCACCGAUGUGUUUCUGUGCACUGUCUUCAUUUGGCUGCUAUGUGUAGAGACAGAAAUGAUUACUUUUGCAAUUCAAGUGGUAGCAGUCUUUGGCCUUCAAAUUACAGGAAACACUGCAUUACAUGACUGUGCAGAAUCUGGAAGUUUAGAGAUCAUGAAGAUGCUUCUCAAGUAUUGUGCAAAAAUGGAAAAGGAUGGUUACGGAAUGACUCCCCUUCUGUCAGCUAGUGUGACAGGCCACACAAAUAUUGUGGACUUUCUCACCCAGCAUGUACAGACCAGUAAGGCUGAGCGCAUAAAUGCUCUGGAACUUCUAGGAGCAACCUUUGUGGACAAAAAGAGAGACCUGCUUGGUGCUUUGAAAUACUGGAAGCGAGCUAUGGAAAUGAGAUACAGUGAUAGGACUAAUAUCCUGAGCAAACCUGUGCCGCAAACACUAAUUAUGGCGUAUGAUUAUGCUAAAGAGGUAAACAGCAGAGAAGAGCUAGAAAAUCUUAUUGCAGACCCUGAUGAAAUGAGAAUGCAAGCACUAUUAAUUAGAGAACGUAUUCUUGGCCCUUCUCACCCAGAUACAUCCUACUAUAUUAGAUACAGAGGUGCUGUCUAUGCAGACUCUGGAAACUUCAAGCGUUGCAUCAACUUAUGGAAAUAUGCUUUGGACAUGCAGCAGAGCAAUCUUGAUCCACUGAGCCCUAUGACAGCCAGCAGUUUACUGUCAUUUGCUGAACUGUUCUCCUUCAUGCUGCAGGAUAGGGCAAAAGGCCUGCUAGGCACUACUGUCACAUUUGAUGAUCUUAUGGGUAUACUGUGCAAAAGUGUUCUUGAAAUAGAACGGGCUAUGAAACAAACCCAGUGUCCUCCUGAUCCGAUACAGCUGAACAAAGCCCUUUCUAUCAUUUUGCAUUUGAUUUGCUUGUUGGAGAAAGUACCUUGCAGCUCAGAACAGGAGCAUUUUAAGAAACAGACUAUUUACAAGUUUCUUAAGCUUCAGCCUAGAGGGAAGAACAAUUUUAGUCCCCUUCACCUUGCUGUUGACAAUAAUACUACAUGUGUGGGUCGUUACCCAGUUUGUAAAUUCCCCUCUCUGCAAGUUACUGCUAUCCUGGUGGAAUGUGGUGCUGAUGUAAAUGUCAGAGACUCUGAUAACAACAGUCCGUUACACAUUGCUGCGCUGAACAACCAUCCAGACAUCAUGAAUCUUCUUAUCAAGUCAGGUUCACACUUUGAUGCCACAAACUUGCAUAAACAAACUGCUUGUGAUUUGCUGGAUGAGAAGGAGAUAGCAAAAAAUUUAAUCCAGCCUAUAAAUCAUACUACAUUGCAGUGUCUUGCUGCUCGUGUAAUAGUGAAUCAUAACAUAUACUACACAGGGCACAUCCCUGAAAAACUAGAGAGCUUUGUUUUGCUCCAUAGAUGAUAGUGUGGAGUCUCACAAUACUGUUUUUGAAGCACGACUUGGUGAUGGUAUUUUCCUUUAGCACUGUUGUGAUACACCAGCGUUCCCUUGGCUUGCUCCUUCUUGCUCUUAUUGGCUAAAGCAUUGUUAGCAUCAGAUCUGUAGAGCUGGUUACCCAGUAUUUAAUAUGAAUAUGCCAUAUAAUAUAUUUUGUGGGUUAUUUAGAAAUGUAAUGCCAUAUUUAGACUGUUAAAGUCGUCUGCCAAAGGCUUGUCUAUUCUGGUCUUAUUUGCCUGUUGGGUGUUUGGAACUGAGUUAAGUAUUUUCCACUGAUGUCUUUUUACUAUAACUGUUAUGUGGAUUUUAUACACUUGGAAGGUCAUAAUUUUUUUGUUUUGCUUGAGCAUUUCUACUCUUACUCUAUUCUUUUUCUAUGGACUCAUUGCUAAACUGUACAAGUUGUAUGGACUUGUUAACAUUUGCAACUACCAUAAGUGCUUUUAUCUUCUCUAUGCACUGGCUUAAACAUGACUGUUGUGUGUGAGCAUAUUUCUAUGCAGCACUUGGCCAAUUUCAACUUAAAUGCCAAUUUUGUUUUGCAGUUUGUUUGGGGCUCUUUUGAGAAUGCUGUCUUUAUAGCAUGAUGAAUUUUAGAAUUACUUAUCAGCUUUCCAAAGUUGGGUUUGACUUCUUUGACUGCUUUAACUGAGGUUGCUUUCAUUUUGAUCUUCUGGAAAUCUGUCCUAAAUUCAGGAGAAGAAAAUCUUGCUUUUUCUCAUCGUAGUCCACUUGAACUUUGAAUCUGAAAAUCAUUUUAUUGCAUCAUGCGGUUAGGGGAAGAGUCCUGAUUAUGUACAACUGACACCUUCCCCUUUGCACUAAUGUCUUGCUUGUGCUGGUUUUGUGACUAGAUGUGAAGUUCGCUCGAAGUUUAACCUCAAAUUUAAUUAUACACUUCAAUGAGAAAUAGAUCAAAUGUAUGCUGUAGUUUAAAAUUUACAAAUCAACUUUAGCUACAAAAGAAACUAAAGCAUGUUGGUGGCAUGAUGUUAAUCAGUCCAGAUCUAGACAUCAUCUAAUAUAGUGAGUGGCUGUAUGCCAGAGUAUUGGAAGUUCUAUAGCAGUGUCCUUUUUUCUUCAUUUUAAGUAUCUUUAUAAAUACUUGCAUGGAUUUUUCAUCUCUGUUAUGUCAGCUGUACUUAACAAAAAGCGGAAGUUCUGUUGUGUAUAUAGCUCCUAAUUAAAGUACCUAUUUUUAUAAUAUUUGCACAACAGCUUAGCUUUUAAAACAGAAAGGGCUCUUUUGACUUGAUAAAAAAAAAUCCGUAAACGAAGAUCAUAAAUGUGAGUGCGAUUCAGGUAAUUAAUAUAAUUCAGCACUUUACUGUUGAUUACUAGUAGAAUUUAUUAUGGCACAUUAGCCCUGCAAAUGUCUUAAAGCAAAAUUCAUUUCUGUUCAAUAGAAAGCAGUUUACUUUCAAGUUUAGUGGUCUAACAUAUUGGAUAUUUUUGACUUGAUGUUUCAUUUCAGUGGUGGGCAGUAAUUGUACCCAUGGGGUUCUUGCUCCAGAAAUUUAACAAGUUGAUUUAGGCCUUGGUUAGUGAUAGAGCUAUUUGGACGCCAAGUGAACUAGAUAAAGGUAAAGUUGUUUUAGCAGGGUCUUUUUAAUUUUUUUUUUUUAAGUUGAUAUCAGAACACUUUUUUGUUUAUGAAAUAAGAUGAGGAAGAAUGUGUCUUCGGAGCAUAUAAGAACAGUUCUUCCUUGCUUUCAGGCUGUUCUGUGUUUCCUGUUAGUGUACAGUGUGUUGCUUACUAGCUUAGCAAUUCUUUGGAAAAAUAUGGGGAUAUUUUAAACAAAAGUAUGUUGAAAACAGUGUUGUUUGUGUGUUAUUGCUUUCUGACUCUAUUUUGAAACAGCUUUCACCUGUUUGUCCUAUGCCAUGUCUAGGUUGUAUGAAGUUAUGAGAAUGAAGAAACCCUGUUAGUUUCUCUCGCAGAUACACAGGAGUAAAAUUAUAUUAGAUUGGCUGAAUUUCUCUCCUUUGUAAUGAUUAAAAGACAUGCCACUCGGUUUGUCAUUUGUGAACACGUGUAGUUUGAUUUUUUUUUUUAUGCUUUUCUGCUACUCUUUUGAGUGUCUAGAGAAUCACAAAUCAUACCAUCCUAGAAAUGAUACACAUUAUUCUUCAAGUCAUAAAAAUAAUUAUUUUUAUGUAGGCCACAGAGAAGGGGAUUUUUAGAUUUUUAGAGUUUGAUACUCUAGAAUCUGUAAUGUUCUUUAGUGGUUUCAGUUUACAUUUCUGUCUUUAUAACUGUCAAAUAUACUGUCUAAAGUUAGUUGGACAUCAUUAGUCCAGAAAUAUAGUCUAAAAAAAUGUUAGUUGUUAGCAAGUUUUUGAGUGGGAACCAUUCUCAAAAGAGAAAGCAUAUCACUAUUAAGUGUAUGUAAAUCUAGUGAAACGGAGGUAUCUGCUGUUAGCUACUCUUUAAAACCAAACCAGUUUAAGAGGCCAUACUGAUUUCUUGUUUGUAGUUCUGUCUAAAUAUCUACCAAUGUGCAUCAGUCCUAAAGACUUUCCCCUCCAGGCAGAAUUUAGUUUGUAUGGUGAUGAGGCCGUCUGCUGAACUCCUGCCUUGCCAGAUACUUGCACUUAGGUGUCCAGGCAAAUGAGUUCAUGCAUUUAAUACGACUCUCAAUUAGCCCUGGAUGUUUACAUUACCCUGUUUAAUUUUUCUUAAUUUUAAACCAAAUUGUUGCAGAGCUUGUGGUGGAUAAUGUGUUAGGGUUUAGUUCAGGAUUUACUGAGUGGGAGAGGUUUCGGAACAGCAGGCCCUGUCCGAGAUGCAUGUGCCACUAAGGCCAAUGCUAAUGUGUAGUAGCAGUUUGCCCCCUUGGCAAGCCACUUUUGUCUCCACACCGGUUUUCUCUCUGCUCCUGUAUAGGUACCAGCUUUCUGGACCAGCAUUUUUUUUCCUUCUUUUUUUUUUCCCUUCAGUCUUGCCACUUCAGAGGUAGGAAUAAGUUUAUUUUAGUGAGACAUACUGAUGCUAAAUGCAGCAGUGUUGGUAGCUGGACUCAGACUGUGGUAAGGAAAAGGAACUAAGGGCCAUUCAGAAUAUAAAGAGUUGGUAUUUCUUUGGUCAGAUGUUUAACUAAUUCUUUUCCCGUUCUUCUCUUUUCUUCCUAUUUGGGCUUUUCUUCUGAUGAAAUGUACUGCUUCUGAGCUAGUGACACAGAAGAAUGUUGAGAACACUGUGGAAAAUAAAUGUAUGCCCCACAGAGGUGAAACAGAUUUUAAAACUGAUUAAAUAAUUCACAGGUAUAGCUCCGGAGAGACAAAGGCACUGAUUCCUCCUUGCUUGUUAAGACCUCUGAAGUUGUAUUUUUUGGGGAAGGGGAUAAAUGCUCAAAGCAGUUUUUCUUCUAAUCAUCUUGGUUUUCAACUGAAAUACUUCAACCAGGAAAUUGAAGAGCAUUCUCAUAAAAAUGAAAUGCUUUCCUUACCAAAUUCUAAAAUCGUAUUCCUAUUUUCAUAUCACUUACGCUGGUAACAAGAUUCCAGCUGUCUGUGGUGUCUCUGUUCUGUUUGUUAAGUGCAAUGUUAAGACACUUUCUGAAAUGCAUGGCAAUAGUGUGGUUAGUUUUCCAUAUAUACUUUAGAACAGUCCCCAGAUAGGAAGUAAUUUUGUGUAUUUCUUAAGUCUCCAAGGAGCUUUCUUUUAACAACUGUUUUGCAGUGGGUUAAAAUUAACCUCUUUCCAGUUUUACAAAAUGCUACUUUAAAAAAGGUAUAGAGUGCUAUAGCAAAAUGUUUACAGGAGGAUUUAUAAAAAUGUGCCUCUCCUCAGUUCUAUGUCAACUGCAAGGUGACAGUAGCAGGAUAAAACUGCUCUUGAAACAGCUUUCGUAUGCUUUGAAAUAUAGAGUGGAAUGCACAUUAUACUCUAAAAUGUUGUCAAACAUGGGUUAAGUAUUCUAAACACUAAUUUCUCUCUUCUGUGACUACAACAAAGUCAGCUAGUAUUUAAUGCUUCAAAUUAAUUUUGGGGAAACUGAUGGGAGACAUACUGGACUUCUUGUAUCUCUUGGCUUUGAGUGUGAAAGUAACUGUUGGCCCCUCAGUGCGGGCAGAAUGAAAAGCUCUUGUUGGUUUGGUUUUAGCUAACAUUGUAUUUGUGUUCCAUUCUAUCACAAAGACUUGCAGUUUCUUUUUUACGUUAAGUGGUUAAUCUUUAAUGGUAAUGUAAAAAAGGAAUAACAAGCAUAUUUCUCUGUUCUUACUCUCUUUAGGCUCCAAAUGCAGAUUACAUUAAAAAUAUGUUUUGGAGAACA